UCGGCUUUACGUGUGUGUGUUGGAGUUGUCAGCUGAUGGAGUAGACGGGAAUAAUGGCAGUCAACUUCUUACUCUCCUCGCGAGUGGUUUCGCGGCCUCUCGUCCCUUCGAGUGACUGAAAGCUCUUCGUUCUUUCCCAGUGCUUUCGCUGCGACUUUCGUGCCGUCCUCUCUCUGUCUUCCCCUGUCCUACAAAAGACCCCAUAGCUCAACCUCCCCCCCUCCCCACAACCUCCCUCCUUUCGAAUGCCUCCGUACAACAUCCAGAAACGUGACUCCGUCAAGCUACAAAACAUAGACGAAAUGGAUGGACUUCGGAGUAAUUUGUCCCACGAGGAACUCAUACGGCAUCAGGAGGAGGGCGUUUCCGACGGCGUGGUGGUGGUGGUGCCCCAGCAACUGCAGAGGAGCCCCAGGCCCUCUGCUGCCACUUCGGGAGCCGACGAGGAGGAGGAAGGGCCCCGAACGAAGGCCACCAAGAGCCAGAUUUGCACUGUGGCGAUUUUGUGCUAUGUCAACCUCAUCAAUUACAUGGACAGGUUCACUGUUGCAGGCGUUCUGCUGGACAUCCAGGAAACCUUCAAGAUGUCCGAAUCGCAGAGCGGCCUCCUGCAGACAGCCUUCGUCCUGGUGUACAUGAUCAUGGCGCCGUUGUUCGGUUACCUGGGUGACCGCUUCUCCCGAAAGAUCCUCAUGGCCAUCGGCAUAUCCUUCUGGUGCCUGGCCACGCUCGUAGGGUCUUUCAUGCCGAAUUAUGGAUUAUUCCUGCUCUUCAGGUGUUUUGUUGGGGUCGGAGAAGCCAGUUACUCCACCAUUGCCCCGACCAUCAUUUCUGAUCUCUUCGUCAAGGAUCUCAGAUCCAAGAUGCUUACCAUUUUUUACUUUGCAAUUCCUGUUGGGAGUGGCUUGGGGUAUAUCAUUGGUGCUGAAGUUAAGAAGCUUGUAGCAGCUGCAGGCACACUCACAGUCCCCUCAGAAGCGUGGCGGUACGGUCUGCGUGUGACUCCAGCCAUGGGGCUUCUCGCUUUGGUGUUGAUCAUCUUCCUCAUGGAGGAGCCAGAGAGAGGGGGAAGUGAGGGAGGUCAGCACUUGCAGGCCACUUCAUUCUGGAGUGAUCUGAAAUAUCUUUUCUCAAACAUGAGUUUCAUUCUGUCAACCCUCUCCUUCACAUGUGUUACUUUUGUGGCGGGAGCGCUGGCCUGGUGGGGCCCUCUCUUCACAGAACUUGGGGUCAAGAUUCAAGAGAAUCCCAAUUCAAAUGUUGCAGAUGUCGCUUUCAUCUUUGGAGCCAUUGCCAUGACAGCUGGUAUUGUUGGUGUGCCAUUGGGAUCAUUUUCAGGCCAAAAGCUGCGAGCCAAGUUUCCAUUUGCAGAUCCAGUUGUGUGUGGCACUGGACUCCUGUUGUCUUUUCCCUUACUAAUAGGUGCCAUGUAUCUGGCCCAAAUCAACACAAUUGCCUCUUACAUAGUCGUUUUCUUUGGACAGCUGUUCCUCAAUAUGAAUUGGGCAGUUGUAUCGGACAUCGUUUUGUAUGUUGUCAUCCCCACCAGAAGGUCUUCAGCAGAAGCCUUCCAAAUUCUCUUUUCUCAUGCUUUAGGGGAUGCUGGGAGUCCCUACCUCAUUGGUGUGGUUGCAGAGGCAAUCAAGCCUAUAAUUCCACCAAGAAACGAAACUCUCCUGACGACCAUUUCGCCGCUGGAGGGUACCAUAUUUUCGAAUGAUAUGUUCAAUGAGACGAGUAUAAUUACAACAACUCCUGAACCAGAACCUGAAGAUCUCUACGUUAAAUUUAAGUCAUUGCAGUAUUCCAUGUAUAUCUGCGCAGUUGUAAAUAUCUUUGGUGCGUUAUUCUUCUAUAUCAAUGCCUGCUACAUUACUGCCGACAAAGAAGAAUGUGACAGAACCAUAGCAGGUGAUGCAGAAGAUGAAGCCAGUUCAAGCAGCAGUCAAAGCAUAUCAACACCCGAUGAUCCCGAGGUGGAACAGACACAAAAUCUUCUCACUUGAGGUCUUGGGUUGAUUUAGUCGCAUGUUAGUUACCUAUGUUGUAGGUUGCCAUGUGCACCCUGAUGAUAUUGAACAUUACCAUCCAAGAUUGUUGAAUAUUUCUAUUUUAUCUUUAAGGCAACCUUUGGAAGGUCAACUGUGAUCCUCUCUGACACCAUAUCUUGAAAGUCCUGCAGCUUAACUUGGCAAUGAUUGUAAUGGAAAAACUUUUAAGACUGUUUUUCUGUAAAUUAAGAAACAAUAUGUGAAAUGCAAAAGUGCAUUGUCUCAUACUUAAGGUUGAGAUCAAAGUAAUUAAGAUUCUCAAAGAUCCAGAAAGGAAGCAUAUAGAUCUCGUGAAAAGUGAACUCACGACUUGUAGUUUGUGUAUUUUUAUACAAAGGAAAUAAACUGUCAUAAAAAUAAUGAAAUUGAUUUAACUAUAAUGUUGAAUAUUCUAGUGCCCUUGUGGAUGAGAGAAGCCCCUUAGAUAAGGCUUUUUGUGAUUAAUACUACAUGAAAUGCUAUUUUAGUAUUCAUGUACAAUGCAAAUUAUGUACUGCAUACAUUAUGGUCUUUUUGGAGUGCCAAUUUACACUUUAAUUAUUAAUCCAAUCAACUGCAGAAAUAUCACAGAAACCAAAGUCAAAGGAAGUGUGGCUAUGAACUUUACGCAUUGCCAAGUGGCUGUGCUUAAAAAGAGGGAAAAAAUAUACCACAGAUCAGGUACCGGGUGACUUCAAAUGUUUUGUGAAGGUUGUUGAAUUAAAGUUGAUGUAUUGUUGAAAAAGACACUGGAAAAUUUUCCACACUGAUAAAAAGCUGUACUAUAUUGUAAGUACAUGUAUGAACGUGUGUGUGUUUAUAUUUUCCGAGUCACCACGCCUGCCAGUACUGUAUAUACAGGUAAGUGUUCCUCUACAAAGCUUUACUAUGAAUUUUAAUAAGUACGUCCAAAUAGAGCCAUUUUAAUUUAUUCUAUAGUUUUUAUAAACUUUGAAUAAGAUUUUAAUAACCUUGUACCAACCAGACAUUUUCUUACUCCAUGACAAGUUUCUUCAAGUGCUCUCACUCAAAAUAAACUUUAGGAAAUUUAUAGUGCCGGAGUUUGAACGCAGGAUGUCUGAUGUUUCCCAGGAUAGUGUUUUUAUAUCAAAUGUUGAACUAAGGAUUUAAUUAAUUUUUCCUUUACAUUUACCUUAGAUGGACAAAGUGGGUUUCCCUGAUCAUUUUAUCAUCAGUUUUUUUGAGCCAGAUUUUAGUACUUUAUAGGCAAAGUAGUUAUGUUUGUAUCAUAGAUGGUUUUCUCUUGGUAAAAGUAAUUAGGCCUAAACCUGUCUAGUCUAGCAUCUGAAAAUUUUUAUGAUCAAAGGUAUCACUGUAAAGGGAAUUUGACAAAGUCCUUCCAAGUAUCAUCUGAAUAUGAUGUCCUAUUAGUAAAUAAAUUUGUUGAGAGCAAAAGUCAGAAUUUGAAGAAACCCAUUCCAAGUUUUUAUGUUUUCUGCAUUGAAUGUAGUUGUACAAUGUUUCUGUGUUGCCGUGUGGUGUUUUAUUAUUUAAUUAAUUACCAGGCUGAGAAAACAUUAGGCUUAAUAGGAUGUUAUGUAAAACAUUACAAAAAGCUGUGAAUAGGACCAGAGUUGAGUCAUUAGCAACUAAGAAACCAGAUAGCAGCUUUGAUUAGGAAUUAUUGCAUAGCAUAGACAAACAGUAAUGAAUGAAUAAGAUCUUUAAAAAGUGCUUGGUUUAUCUUUUACACAAAAAUUGGCAAACUGGUGCAAAAAUCUUCUUAAAUGCAAAUAAUCUUUUGAACAAUUUUGUUCAAUUUAUUCCAAAUUGUUUUUUUUUUUUUUGCAUAUGCCAAAUGAUUACAUGGACAUUUUGAAAAAUGGAGCAAACUGAAUUUCAGUGUCUAGACCUGUAUACUUUACCUUAUAACUGUUACUAAUGGUUGCCAAAAUUUACUAAGGCAAUAAAAAAUACAGGGUAUUAUUGGAAAGAAUAAUGGGCAGAUUUGGAUACACGUGAAAAUUAAACUUCAGCCAUGCUGUAUGAAUAAUUUUCCUUGUAGGCCUGAACAAACAGUUGAUAGUGAUUUAAUUGUUCAGUUACUCUUUUAGUGUCUGUCUUCAAAGCAUUUGUGAUAUGUGAUAUCCAUGUGAAGUUUGUGUAUGUGAAUCUUAGCUCAUGGCUGCAGAACUCCGUCAGUGGUAGCAAGGUUUUAAUAUAUAUUUCUGUUGGUGUGAGUGACUUGAACAAAUGCAGUACAUGGCAAGUAUGAGACAACCUCCUACAUUACAUCAUUCCUUUUAUGUUUCUUAUAAAUAUAAAUACAGGGAUAAUGCUAGACAUUUUCAGUAUUUUGGCAAUAAUAAUCCAAGCUGUCUUUAUGUUCUUGUGUCUUUGUACUACUAUUACAUUAAUGUUCUUCAUGUGAUGAUAUUGAUUAGGAAAUGUGUUUAACAGGAAGAAAUCUGUCAUUGUCAAAAUUAAAAGUGUUUUUAAUUGAAAUGCAGGAACUUCAUGGAAAUCUAUGCAGAUGGAACUAGUUCUGUACUGUAUGAAUGCAAUAAUUUAAAUUUCAACAAUUUCUUACCUAAAAGCAUGUUACCUGUUGCUUUGGAGUAUUCACUUGUUGUUCCUUGAAAGAUGGUCUGGUAUGUUAAAGUAUUGGUUAUCAUUUAAGUGGAUUCCACUCAGCUGACAAACUUGUCAAUACCACACUUUUGGCAUAUGUAGUCAUUUCUUUUAUCUUAUUUACUAGAGUAUAGGUCCCAGUACUAUUUUAUUCCUUAGAAGUGCAUAACUUCAAAUCCUCUUCAAUUUUUGGCACAAAUUGUCUCUUGUCUGAGAAGAAUCUCCUCUCUCUCUCUUCCAUUAAUGUAUCUUAUCCUUUCCUUAACUUUAAUGCAAGGAACUUCUCGGGUUACUUGCAAGAACGUAUAUAACUUAACUAUUAUUUGAUUACUUGAACUUGCUUCUAUGGACACGUCCUCAAUCUUACAACACAACAUACCUACCUCUUUAUAUGUGGGAUGCAAUAAAAGCUGACCUUUUGGUUUCGAAUUGUGAUUAUGAGGUAUACUGCUAUUAGGAGUUUCCAUUUUCACAAAUUUAUCCUGUAACAUACUGUUAUUCCAUGAAAUGUCUAUGAAAUUAUUCACAAGCUUGAACACCAGGAAAUUUACAUAAAAUAUAUUGACAACUUUUUUAUGUAAUUUACUGUAAAAUGAUGAUUUUCUGGUUUGCCAGCCAAACUUCUGACACAUUCUAGAAGAUACCCUGUAUUGGUCCUUGAAUUUUCAUCACAUGGUACAAAUGUACCAAAGAGCCUACCACACAGUGCAUAUAUAAAUUGUUUUCUUACAUUCUGUUGUAUAUAGAAUAAUUGCAUUGACUCAUAUUGGUGCAUUAGGCUCAUACUUAGCCAUCCAUUUAUAAUGUCGGGUAUGAUUGAUGUACAGUACUGUAUAUUUAAUGUUGUAUUAUGUAAUAAAAGUUGAUUAAAA